UCCCUUAGUGCCACCUCCACACGUCUCUUCAAUACCUCCAGGGAUGGGGGCUCCAUCACCUCCCUGGACAGCCCAUCCUGAUGCUUGACCACCCUCUCCAUGAAGAAAUUCUUCCUAAUAUCCAAUCUAAAACUCUCUGGUACGACUUGAGACCUUCCAAGCAGCUCUCAGGGAUCCAGCACUCUGACCCAGGCCGUGCUUUGUCCUCAGAGGAUCAGGUUCCUGGGAAGCGGCCAGAGCAGAGGCAGCAGACAUCUCUGUGCCCUUGCAGGUGUCCCCAUGAUUGCAGUCUUGCAGAUGAUGGCGUUCGGUCUUGCUCUCCUCUCAACCCUCUUCCUCCUCCUGGCCACGUGCACUGACUGCUGGAUGGUGAAUGCUGAUGACAGCUUGGAGGUGAGCCACAAAUGCCGGGGGCUUUGGAGAGAAUGUGUCACCAACAUGCAGGAUGGGGUCAGGACCUGUGACCAAUAUGACUCCAUUUUGGCAGACCAUCCAGUGAAGAUUGUGGUGACACGGACGCUGCUGAUCACAGCAGACCUCCUGGUGGGCCUGGCCUUGGCAACUUUGCUCCUUGGGCUCGACUGCAUCAAGUUCCUCAAGGAAGAUCCUCGUGCGAAACUGAGGAUGUGCUACGGGGCUGGUGUCAUCCUCGGCAUCGGGAGCAUCCUGGGCCUGGUAGGCUCUGUGUGGUAUGCGGUGGAUGUCUACUUGGAGAGGGCCAUGCUGGUGUCACACAACAUAUUCCUGGGAGUCCACUAUGACUUCGGGUGGUCUUGCUGGCUGGGGAUGGCUGGCUCAACGGGCUGCUUCACGGCAUCCAUCCUGCUGACCUGCUGCCUCUCUGCUUGUUCAGGCUCCAGCAUCUGCCACCAGACCCCGAGGCUCCCCCAGCGCCGAAUUGUCACCAGCAAGAUGUACACCAUGGACUCCCGUGUGUGA